AUGGGAACUCCAGAAACGUCUCGGGAGCCGUGCCCGGACAGAAUCCUGGACGACGCCGGCGGCGCGUUCGGGAUGGGCGUAGUCGGAGGAGGCGCGUACCACUUCCUCAAAGGACUCUACAACUCGCCCAAGGGCGCGCGUCUCUACGGCGGCGCGCAGGCACUCCGGAUGAACGCGCCGCGCGUGGGCGGGUCCUUCGCCGUGUGGGGCGGCGUUUUCUCCACCUUCGACUGCACGAUGGUGUACCUCCGCCAGAAAGAGGACCCCUGGAACUCGAUCCUCAGCGGCGCCGCCACCGGCGGGUUCCUCGCGAUGCGGCAGGGGAUGGGCGCGACGGCGAGGUCCGCCGCCAUGGGAGGCGUGCUGUUGGCGCUGAUCGAAGGCGCCGGGAUCAUGCUGACCACCGUGUUGGAGAAGAAUCAAAAUCAGGCGAUUAUGAUGGAGGACCCUGCUGCUGGUAUGACAGGUCUGCCUGGGCCUGAGGCGGAGGGAAGCUCCUCCUCCUCGGUUGGUUCGUGGUUGGGAGGGUGGUUUGGGAAAGGCAAAGAGGCUGAGGCGGCGGCGAGCAGCGGAAGCGAGACCACGAUUCUGGAGAGUUUCGAUGCGCCUCCGGUGCCGAGUUAUGACUACAAGUGAUGAUCUUGGUCAGUACUAUUGUAGGUGUAUCAUAUUGAAUUUUCGAUAUUAUAUUUCAAUGAUGUGUUUUGAAUUUUCACCGGGGAGAAUGAAAUGUUGGUUCUGGUUUGCUUUGGGAG